GCUGUACAUUCGCUUGAUCAAGCUGAUUUACUCCGAGGGGGCGCUGGUCUACCUCGAUGGGUCAGAGCGUCGACAGGAGGUUGGCAUGUUCUUCGCAGCCAAGAAGAGCGACCAGCUUCGUGGGGGGCGAGGGUUCGACGCGGAGCUCGGCGCGACGCUGGACUUCACGCUGGGCACCUCCGACAUCAGCGACGCCUUCCACCGUUUCAGGAUCGACGGGGGGCUCUCGAUUUUCUAUUGCCUGCGGAGCGUCCUGGCCGCGGAGGUCGGGAUGGCGGGUGCCGCGGUGGGCGGCCGUCCGGCGCUCUACUUCUGCCAGGAAGUGGGCGAGGCCGUCGCGAGUAUGGCGCCAGAGCUGGCGGGCGCCCGCCGCGCGAGCGACCGCGGGCCCACCGCGGCGCCGAGGCCGGCCGCGGCGCUCGCCGAGGGCGGCGGCGCCCAGUGUACUUGCGUGGACAACCUGGGAGCGCUCGGCUUCUGCCGCGAGCCAGCGGCGGACUGGCCGGCGGCGGCCGCCGAGCUCUUCGACGCGGCCAGCCUGCGGGCCCGCGAGACGGACCACGAGGCCGGGGGGGGCGAGGCGAUGGGCUGCGUGCUGGGCGGCAGGACGCCGUGCACGAGUCUGACCGCCAAACGCUAUUGGCGGGCGCGGCAGGGACUCAGCUGGGCUCUCAGCUGCCGCGCGCUCCCUGGUUGGGCCUGGGAGACCACCCUCGGCCACUGCGCUUACUGCGCGAUGCGCAACCGAGACUCGCUGCCAACCAUCAGCGCCAUCUACAAGUUCAUCGCGGCAAACUACCACCUGGGCGCCGCGCUGUGGCCCGCCGUCCGAGCGGAGCUG